UGCGCACCCGCGCCCGCCCGCGGCCCCCGCUCCUCCGGCCAGGAUGGCUUCUUGGAUCUAGCCAGGGGGGCCAGAGCAGUGCUGGAGAUGACCAAGUGAUGGUGGGACCAGGAUAGAGGAGCUGCCAUGAGGAUGUCUAAAGCCAAGACCCUGAGCUCCUCCUGCCUCAUGCUUUCCUUACUCUCCUUGCACUGGGCUUUGCUCCAGUCGGGCCAGGCUUUUCCCAGCACCUCCGACUACCUGCAGCGGGGCUGGCAGCGGCUGCUGGAGGAAGGGGAAGGCUGCACUGAGUGCCAGCCAGAGGAGUGCCCAGUGCCACGUGGAUGCCUGGCUGGCACAGUGCGGGAUGCCUGUGACUGCUGCUGGGAAUGUGCCAACCUGGAGGGACAGAUCUGCGAUCUGGACAACACCAACCACUUCUAUGGCAAGUGUGGGGAGCACCUGGAGUGCCGGCUGGACACCGGGGACCUGCAGCGUGGAGAGGUGCCCGAGCCUCAGUGUGCCUGCCUCUCCCACCUGGCCCUCUGCGGCUCUGAUGGCAAAACCUACGCCCAGAUCUGCAGGUUCCUGGAGGUUGCCCGUGCCCACCCUGAUGCCAACCUCACUGUGGCCCAUGAGGGGCCCUGCGAGUCAGAGCCUCAGAUCACUUCUCCUCCCUACGACACAUGGAACGUCACCGGGCAGGACGUCAUCUUUGGCUGUGAGGUCUUUGCCUACCCCAUGGCAUCCAUUGAGUGGAGGAAGGAUGGCAUGGAGAUGCUGCUACCUGGAGAUGACCCCCACAUCUCUGUUCAGUUCAGAGGUGGCCCCCAGAAAUAUGAAGUGACAGGCUGGCUCCAGAUCCAGGGCGUGCGGGUGACGGAUGAAGGCACCUACCGCUGCUUCGCCAGGAACAGGGUCGGGGAGGUGAUGGCAUUAGCCAGCCUGACCGUCUUAACGCCAGACCAGCUCAACCUGACAGGCUUUUCCCUGCCGAAGCCCCACAUGACGCCUGAGGACUAUGGGGAGAGCGAGGAGGACUAUUACUAG